UUGGGAUCAGGCGGUCGGUCGGUCGGUCAGUCAGUCAGUCAGUCAGUCAGUCAGCGAGCCAGCGAGCCAAUCUCCGUUUCUUCUCCGUUUGUGACGAUCGCGUGUUGUUGUUAUUGUUUAUCUUUCCCUUUUUUCGGUUUGUUUUCCGUUCCGUUAUGCCUAACCGGUCGUUGUGAUAGGAGAGAGAUAGAGAGAGAGAAGGAAAGUGCGAACAAGAACUAUCAAAGAACAGGGGCCCCUGGAAUGGAAUGACGCGCUGGAUCGUACACUAGUGUAACCCGAGACAGCCCAGAGUGAAGAUAAGUGUUUGCCACGCCACAGAGAGAGUGAGAGAGAGUGAGAGAUAAGCAUCAGCAGGCCGAAGUGAAAUAGACAAGAUUCAAUUAAUAGGUCCGACGAGAACGAAAACGAAACUGCGAACAUUGCGCGAGCAUCCCAGGUAUCCAGGUUGCCCAUUGUUCCGUCAACGAACCCGCGCGAUGUGUUACAGCAACGGUGGAUCUAGUGCAAAAAACCCGUCGAACGUCAAGUGAAGCCUUUUCGCAGGACAGGCCAGACUGUACAGACAGACCGACAGACGGACAGGUUGUGACGGUUUACACAGCAACGACGCCACAACGCAAAACGGUCCCUGAAGCGCGGCUUUCCGUCAGGCCCGGCUAAACGAAAUGCGCUGCGAGGGAAACGAUGGCUAUCACCGAUCGGCGACAGCAGCAGCAGCAGCAUCAUUGCAUCCAUCGGGCUGAGCAGUGCUCGGGCAGUUCGCGUCCGUCCGGGAACGAGCGACAGCAGUCGACGGGUGUCAGUGCUUCGACGACGACGGCAUCGACGAGGCAGCAGUAGCAGCAACAGCCCUGCUGUCAGUCAGUCAGUCAGCCAGCGAGUCCGUGAUCGGUGUGAUAGUGUGCAGGUCCUGCAGGCCAGUGUUUUCGGUGAGUGGUAAUUAGUGAGCGAGCCUGUGAGACACUGCCGACGGUGCGCGAGAGUGCGAGAAGAGUGAGCCCCUGUGCAAGUGAGUGAGCAAAGCAAAGUGAGCGAGCCCGAGUGAGAACGGUUACACAUACUGGAGGAAAACCCCGGGAAAUGGUGACUGGCGACCACUGGCCGGAACGGAAAGCAAUCGUCGUUCUUCCUAAGCAGCAGUGUGUGACACGGGUGUGACGAGGUGCAGGCAAUAAUACUAGCGAGUGAGUGGUGUGAGAGCGCAGAACGGGGAAUAAAGGCUCCACAAUGGUGUCAGUGCUUUGGCCGCUGCCAGGGCAACACAACGUUACGCGGUGCCGAGUGAGCGUGCGGCACUACGGGCGCGUGCAGUAAAUAGUGCCACCCAGGGGGACCACCGAAAAGGGUUAAGUGAAAGCUCGCCGAAUGGUGCCGAAAAAGAAACAGCAGCAGAAGCAGAAGCAGCAGCAGAAGCAGCAGCAGAAGCAGCAGCACCAGUGGGCCCAGUGCACUAAUGAGGACGACGAUUCCCGCGAGGACGGUUCGAACCGUUUUACUACUGCAACGACGCUCGGCUACGGUGCAAAAGCAUGGGGUGACGCUUCGCUCUAACCGUAUCGAACUAUUGUUAUUAUUGGUGCGUUGAUGUCGUUACGGACAUUUUGUUCUGUUUUCUCUAUACGUUUUCGUGCGGUGCGGUGUUUGGGCAGAGCGCAGCGUAGUGGUGACACACGCACGCAGUGUGUGUGCUUUGGUGUGUGAGUGUGUGUGUGCACGUGUGUGUAGGCUUCAGUGUGUUGUGCUUCUCCGUGUGUAGUGUGUCGUCCCCGGCAGAGGAAGGAUGUGCUGUGUCGUCAGCGUACAGUAGCAGUAGCUCCGUGGUGUUGAUUUCUCCUCUCGUCCACAGUGGUGGAGAGUGUUGUGCUUCUCAGUACACACACACGCAUACACAAUCCCAGCAAGCAUAUCGACAGAGCAACACGACGGUCAGUGGUAUCGGCAGCCCUGUGCGUAACGCUGCACGUAACGCUAGCUCGUAACGCUGCGGAUCUAGUACAAUUGGUACGACUUAGUAGUGUGCGGUAGACGGUACGCGUGCAGAAAUAGCAACCGUUUGUUUAUUUCUAUAGCAAUAUUACAACGCAUCCAUUGGCCAAUGAUUGGCCGCACUGUAACGGGCAAGUGCUGCGGGUGUAUUGGUGUCGAGCAAUCGAGCAAUCGAACGGACGACGAGCACAGUCGAGUGUAUAUUGCCAUAGUGAUCUUCGACCUGCUCGAUAAGCGAAUGCCAUCACUCCAGAUCGCCACCAGGCCACCAGGGCUUAAUUAACGUGUACUAAAAAUAUACCCUCACACACAACUACCCAUACAUACAUACAUACAAAAACAGCAGGCCCGAAUCUUCCUUCCCGGAUCAGUUCGGUUCGGUGUGAGUGACCCCAAUAGAAUCCCCAAACUCCCAGCGGUUAUUAACUCUCGAGCAGAGGAAAGCAGGGGAUCAGUGGGUAUAUAUAUAUACACGAGGUGAGGUCUGCUCUCUCCCCCCACCCCUAUUCGA